AUGGCAGCUUUGAACCUCACCCCCUCUGGCCCUUCAACAUUUCUUCUAAUGGGCAUUCCUGACCUGGAAUAUGCCCAUGUCUGGAUUUCCAUCCCUUUCGCUACAUUCUACAUUAUUGGCCUGUUGGGAAAUUUCAUAAUUUUGUUUGUUGUAGGGAAUGAGAAGACUCUGCACAAGCCAAUGUACCUGCUGCUAUGUAUGCUGGCACUCACAGACAUUAGCAUGUCUACCUGCGUCAUGCCAAAGACACUGUUGAUAUUUUGGUUCAAUAUGAAAGAUAUUAUAGUGGAUGGCUGCCUCACCCAAAUGUUCUUUUUUCAAGCAAUUUCUAUUAUGCACUCAGGUAUCCUUGUCACAAUGGCCUUUGAUCGCUACGUUGCAAUAUGUAACCCUCUGAGAUACACUACCAUCCUCACCAAUGUACGAAUAGCUAAGCUAGGGUUUGUGGGUAUGAUAAGAGCUGUUCUUUCCAUGCUUCUCCCACUCCUGUUCCUGAGCAGGCAGCCAUUCUGUGCCAACCGCAUUAUCCCCCACACAUACUGCGAUCAUAUGGCUGUGGCAAAAAUGUCGUGUGGGGACAUCACAGUAAACAGGAUGUACGGCUUGGUGUUGGCAUUUGUUGUCAUUGGGUUAGACCUGACAUUCAUUGCCCUGUCCUAUGGACUUAUCAUCAGGGCCCUCCUCAGAAUCUCCUCCAAGAAAACCCACCAGAAAGCCUUCAGCACCUGCACAGCCCACAUCUUUGUGAUACUGAUGUCUUAUCCUUUUGGCCUCUUCUCCGUUCUGACACACCGGUUCAGUCAUGGCAUCGCUCCCCAUGUUCACAUCAUCAUAGCCAACCUCUAUUUCGUCACUCCCCCCAUGCUCAACCCAAUUGUUUACGGGGUUUAUACCAAAGAACUUCGUGACAAAGUGGGUAAAUACAUCUGCAGAAUGUGA